AUGUCGUCCCUCAAGCAAUUCAUUCGAAAUGUGCGGUCGGCCAAGACAAUCGCCGAUGAGCGGGCCGUUAUUCAAAAGGAAAGCGCCGCCAUUCGAGCUUCAUUCCGCGAAGAGAGUCACGACUCCGGCGUUCGGAGGAACAAUGUGGCCAAACUGCUAUACCUUUUCACCCUCGGGGAGCGGACUCACUUUGGUCAGAUUGAAUGCUUGAAGCUACUCGCCUCACACCGGUUCGCAGACAAGCGUCUGGGUUACCUGGGGACGAUGCUCCUGCUUGAUGAGAACCAAGAGGUCUUGACACUCGUCACCAAUUCACUUGGAAAUGAUCUUAACCACUCCAACCAAUAUAUCGUCGGCCUCGCCCUUUGCGCUCUCGGCAAUAUCGCCUCUAUCGAGAUGUCCCGUGAUCUAUUCCCCCAGGUUGAGGCUCUCAUGUCCACGGCGAACCCUUACAUUCGCCGAAAGGCGGCUAUCUGUGCUAUGCGGAUAUGUCGCAAGGUCCCCGACUUGUAUGAACACUUUUUGGAGAAGGCCAAGACCUUGCUGUCAGACCGAAACCAUGGUGUGUUGCUCUGCGGCUUGACAUUUGCUAUCGAUCUCUGUGAGGCGGAAGAGGAGGAGGAAGAAGGUGGACCGGAGGGUGUGAUCGAGAUGUUCCGGCCGCUUGCUGGAGGACUCGUCCGCGCUCUCAAGGGAUUGACAACUUCUGGGUACGCGCCGGAGCACGAUGUCUCUGGUAUCACGGAUCCCUUCUUGCAAGUCAAGAUUCUUCGGUUCCUGCGGGUUUUGGGCCGAGGAGAUGCGGCAACAAGCGAACUGAUCAACGACAUCUUGGCCCAGGUGGCCAGCAACACUGACUCGUCCAAGAAUGUGGGUAACGCUAUUCUUUACGAGGCCGUGCUCACGAUUCUCGACAUUGAAGCCGACUCUGGUUUGCGGGUCCUCGGUGUCAACAUCCUUGGUAAAUUUUUGGCCAACAAGGACAACAACAUCCGCUACGUUGCAUUGAACACACUCAACAAAGUCGUUGCCAUUGAACCUAACGCAGUACAAAGACAUCGCAACACCAUCUUGGAAUGUUUGCGUGACCCCGAUAUCAGUAUUCGCCGACGUGCUCUCGAUCUCAGCUUCAUGCUGAUCAACGAGAGCAACGUACGGGUCCUCGUGCGGGAACUGCUGGCUUUCUUGGAGGUUGCUGACAUCGAAUUCAAGCCUAUCAUGACCUCGCAGAUUGGUAUUGCCGCUGAUCGAUUUGCCCCCAACAAGCGCUGGCACAUGGACACCAUUCUCCGAGUUCUCAAGCUGGCUGGGAACUACGUCAAGGAACAGAUUCUUUCGUCAUUUGUGCGUCUCAUUGCGACCACCCCCGAGCUGCAAACCUAUGCCGUUCAGAAGCUUUACUCAUCAUUGAAGGAAGAUAUCUCGCAAGAGGGUCUGACACUGGCUGCUACAUGGACAAUUGGUGAAUAUGCCGACAGUCUGCUGGAGGGUGGCCAAUAUGAGGAGGAGGAACUAGUCAAGGAGGUCCGGGAAAGUGAUAUCGUCGAUCUGUUCACCAACAUCAUGAACAGCACCUACGCCACGCAGACCGCUAUCGAGUACAUCACCACCGCAUCCAUGAAACUUACCGUGCGCAUGUCAGACCCCGCUCAGAUCGAGCGUCUCCGACGUUUCCUGACCGGCCGGACUGCUGAUUUGAGCGUCGAGAUUCAACAACGUGCCGUCGAAUAUACCAACCUGUUCGGUUACGAUCAGAUCCGUCGUGGUGUGCUCGAGCGUAUGCCCGCGCCUGAGAUUCGUGAGGAACAGCGUGUUCUUGGUGCACCAGCCAAGAAGCGCCAGAGCAAGGUCCUCCGCGGCAAGUCCACCAAAGCUUCCAAGCCAGCGGAACACGACCUGCUCCUCGACCUGAUGGGUGGCUCUGAUGCUCCUGUGACCAGCCCGACAUCUAGCGGGUCCAACACCGCCGAUCUGCUGGCAGAUAUCCUUGGCGGCGACUCGGGCCUGUCGUCGCCCGCCCCAGCUCCCGCCCAAAACAGCAUGAACAACAGCUCCGUCAUGGACAUGUUCGGUUCAAACGGUGCUUCACCUUCCCCGCAGCCUCAAGCUGCAUCCGCCGGUUUGGACCUGCUCGGUGGUGGUGGUGUUGCACCUUCGCCUACUUCCUCACCCGCUCCCGUCUCCUCCUCGACACCCGCACACACGGUCUUCAACAAGGACGGCCUAGUCCUUGCUCUACAAGUCCAGCGGAGUGGUAACAACGCUCAAAUCAUGGCCCGUUUCCGCAACGAGUCCAACUUCGACCGCUUCACCAACGUCGGCUUGCAGGCUGCAGUACCCAAGAGCCAACGCCUGCAACUGAGCGCGAUUAGCAAGGCCGAGCUCGACGCCGGCGACGAGGGGACCCAGAACAUGCGUAUAACUGCAGUCAGCGGGUCCCUCCCUCCCAAACUCCGCCUUCGUCUGCGCGUCACAUCCGGCCGCGAUAGUGGAGACAGCGUUACUGAUCAGGUCGACUGGACGGAGCCGUAA